UUUGUUGAUAUAUUCAGGUAAUCGUGUUGAUUGCGAAUUGGGUAUGGUUUGGAGAAACCGUUCUGUUUUAUUAGUUUUGGCUUUUCUGUACAAUAAUAUCGAAAACUGGAUCCGAUUUUACUUUGUUUAUUCUGUGUAAUGCUAUUGCUGAAACAAGAAUGUAAAUCCAGUUUGUGUUCAAGUUGUAUAUCUUAAUAUAUGAAACCAAUAAAGGUGGAUCGUGGGAACAAAAUGUAUUACACUAUAAAUUCAUAGUUCCUCGGUCAUGUGAUGUGUAUCUUAUUUUUUAUCCAGAGUGUUAUCUUUUCACAGAUUGAGAAGUUAGAUGGGGCAUAAUUUAAUGUGUUUCGUAAAUUAACAAUUUGCUAUAUAUUAAGGACCUCGACUUCCAUAUCAAUAAUGCCGAAGUGUUUUGGAAAUACGGGAUUUGCGGUAAUCUGCGCGGCUAUUUAAAAACCAUCGAAGUAACUCAUUGCAGGUAACACAUGUAUUAAGAAAGUGAACAUUGAAUAAACCUAUGCAGAUAACGUUUAUGAUGCUAGGAUCAUACUUUUUAUUCUUACUCAUCUUCGUUAUAAACAUAAUUCACAGCAGUAUCAAUGUAUGUGUCGAUCAUACGAAAUUAAAGACGAUAACCGCUGCAGCAUUGGGACAGGCCAGAUUCAAAGUGUUAAAUAACACAUCACUUAUGAAAUGUAUGAGUGACUGCCUAAGACGUACACGGUGCAAAUCAUUUAAUUAUUACCUACUUACAUCUACGUGUGAAUUAAACGAUAGACAAGCGGUGACUUUAUCUGAACUGAGAACAGAAAGCAGCGUUUUGUAUGGAUCUGCUGUAGAUAUACCACAGAUUAUAGCCGGUGUAUGUGCCAAUCAUCAAUGUACAUUUCCUAGCGAGUGUACUGAACAACGGAAUGGUACUACCUCAUGUGAUAUUGUUGAUUGUGGAAGCCCGCCUGUUAUUUCCAAUUCAACCGCAAUGUUUGAUACCAACAAUAUACCGAUUGAUAUAGACACUAUUUUAUCAUAUACAUGCCACAGUGAUUAUUAUCCUGCUGGAGAACAAAAAUGUCUACCUAAUGGUACUUGGGAAGACUUUAAAUGUAAUUUAAAAGUGAAAACAUGCACGACCAUACAACGAUGUAACCCGAACUAUAUUGACGGUGAAUAUUGGUUUUAUCAUGAACCGACUGGUGGGCGAAUUAAAAUCUUCUGUCAUGGGCUGAAUACGACUAACCCCAAAGAAUAUGUCACCUUACAUGGGAAUGUCAAAUAUUUUACUCAGCAUUAUACUGAUGGUGAUACUGAUGAUUGUAAAUAUGGACGAUCUCUCCCUAACCAUACCUUUGAAUAUUGUGGAAAAACAGCCUUUCAAAAAAUUGGUAUUAAAAAUUAUCAGGAAUUAGAAGUUGAUUUGGAAGAUUUUACAUUUGCAACUCCUGGCUGUACAGAAUUUAGCCCACUAAUGGUGAUUGGUGAUUGCUCUAAAAAGACUGGAUGUACAGAUAGUCCUAGUUCAGAUUUUUUUCAUUUUGAUUUAAGAGACACAGGGUUAUUAAUACCAGCAACGGUUAAAUGGGUAGAUACAGGAAUAGUCGAAGUAAACCUUGUGCAACGGUAUUAUGAAGAUCAAUUUGUUAAAGUUUCGUGUAGAGGCGGUUGUGGAAGUUGUGCCCCUUUGAAUUAUUCCGUGAAAUUAGAAAAAUAUAGCGAAGGCCCAAGCCUUGACCAAGCUACCUUGCCUAUAUGUUAACUUUCUGAUAUGUUUGUGAUUUCAAAGCGGAUAACGAAGACCAAUCCAGAGUUUCAAGCAUAGCAAAUGGUAAAAUACUAUCAAGUUAAAAUGAAAUGAGGUUUAACUUUCUAAUUUUCUGCACCAACUGAGUUGACGAAGGCGAUGUACAUGGUUGAACCAAAUGAUGACAAAUUUAUGGUACCACUAGUGUGUCCAGUAUUCAUAAAUGACAUGUCUGUGAAAUGGAAAACUGAUGGAAAGCAGACAUUACUUUAGUGCUACGUAUCACAAUGAACACAAGUCUACACUGUUAGAAAUAAAUGUUAAUUUACCAUAAGAAUGUGGUAAAAUAUUUACGUAGCUGUAUGUUAUUUUACACAUGUAUGUUUUAUUGCACCAAAAUAGGAGUGAUAGUACAAAUAGUCGUAAAAAAAACCAUAUUAUACAGGUGAUUUUACCGUGAAAUAAUUCAUUUUACAUACGUAACGUCAAAAUACAGUAAUGUUCAGUGUAUUCCAACUAUAGUAAGAUGUACCGUAGCCCAAAUUGGUUGUCGUAAAAAGUUGAAAUCACAGAAAUGUUUUAUUCAAUAGUAAUGAAAGCUAAACUUGAAAUAUUUUUGUUAACAUUUCUCAACACACAACCAAUUAACAGUGAUCGUUGAAGUCCACAACCAAAUAGCAAAUGAUGUUACGACACCCAUCAGGUACACUGUCAGAAAUGUAUGUAAAAUUACAGUACUACAAGGGGUUUUUGUACCUCAAUUAUCGGUAUAUUUUACAACAUAUACUACUUUUACCAAGUCUAAUGUAUUUUUACCGAGUUUCGAGUAUGUUUAUCGAGUUUCAUGUCUCUUUGACAUUAAGUGGCGAUGAAAUCAGACAUAUUCAAAAUCCGGUAAAAAUACAUAUUAUGUAAUAAAAUUGAACUGAAAGUAACGUAGCAAGCUUGUAACUUUACAGAUUUUACGUUUAUUCACAUUAUUAUGUAAUUUACUUUAAGGUAAAAAAUAUAAGUAAAAUGACAGCAGUUAAAGAAUUUGUUUUUACCUUAACAUAUUGAACGGAAAAUAACAUAGCCAGCAUGCCAUUUUACAGACUUAUGUUUAUUCACGUUAUUUUGUAAAUUUACUUAUUCGGUAAAUUUACUUAUUCGGUAAAUUUCUAUCUCUUAUUGUAUUUUAGUAUUCCAUAGAAACGAAACAUUCCUAAUAAUUAUCUUCUUAUGGUAUUCAUUUCAAUUUAUUAACCAUAAUAUGAACAAUUACAUUUUGUAAUUUUGGUAUAUUGCAUGUCAUGUAUAUCUAGUUUCCAUUAUUUAUAAGAUCUAUAAAGUGUAUUGAUAUUUAUCGUACGUUAAUCAGUUUGUAAGUAUUUUCUUAAAUGUUCAAAAAAAAUGUUUUGCCUUUCUAGUCUUAGGUUGUAUUAUCUCGUUUUCAAGUUCGCUUGAAGACGGUUAAUAAAACCGAUUGGCCAGUGUUAGUUGGGCCGGACUGUCUGUAAAGCAUGGUUAUAAUGCCUGCAAAUAGACAGUACCGCGAGCUUACAUCUGAAAGUCUGGAACCAUGCUCUUGUCUACCAAACAGGAUUAUUGAUAUUUAAUAUAUAUCGAAGUGAUAUUAAUACGAAAUAUUUUACACCGGGGCUAUUGGUUGCUAACUCUCAGCAAAAAUUGCUCGAAUUCUGCAUGUAAAAUUACCAAUAUUUAGUAUUUUUAACAAAAGGGUAAAUUAACAGUGUGAUGUAUUUUUGCAAGAAAUGUAAAUUAACAUUGUGAUGUAUUUUUACAAAAAAAAAAAAGUAAAUUAACAUUGUGAUGUAUUUUUACAAGAAAUGUAAAUUAACAUUAUAUGUCCUUCUACAGUAAAAUGUUAAAUAACUAAUGGUGUAAUUUUACCUAUGAUUUAGGGGCAACUUUUGCUGCCCGUAAUUUUAGGGUAAAAUAACCAUAAUAUUUUUAACAGUGUAUAUAAGAUAGAACAUACUCAUAUUUCAUUAUAAUAAUGUUAGGAUUAAUGAAGCAAUCAAGAAUCAUUUGAUCAUCUUAUACUGUUUGGAGGGUAUUCAAAAAAGAAAAAAAAAGGUUAAAAUUUGAUUACUAUUUUACAUGUACUUGAAUCGGGUUGUGCUACACCGAUUAAGUAAAAUCCCUAUCCCCUCCCCACCCGCACACACAUACCUCACAAACACAAGUACACUAUGUGCUAUCAUUCACAUCACAGCGAUAGUUAUUAAAGGGGGCAUUCCAAAAUUGAGUGAUGUGUUUUACCGAUAUCAGGGAAAAGAACAUGUUCGCCGGUUUUAAAAUAAAUAUCGUCUGAAUAAUAGUUAGUAAACAUGUUUGGCCAGGCCCUAGGCCUUGGGCACAAUGGCACACAAGCUGAGAUCGGAAUGUAAACCGAACAGAUAUCAUGUUUUGAAGUAAUAUAUUUCAGAUAAACAUCACUAUUGGUGGUGGUUUGGGGGCGAUUGCUGGCGGGCGAAUGGGGGCAUAUGUACUCCCCCUAAAGCCAAUAUUCACCACACCAAGUCACAUGACCUAUUACCCACUGGUUCCUGCGCUAGUGAAAUCAGCUAUCUUCCGUGGAAAAUACCGUUAAUUUUGAUGAAAAAAAUAUAAAGGUAUUUAACGAUUUCUGAGGCCGCUGUUAGUCUUAAUAAAUCUAUGAAAGUUCUUGAUCUACAAGAUAAUGGUCUGCCCUUCAACUUCUGAGAGUUUGGUAAAAAUACAAAAAAAAACCUUGAUUGUCAGCCAAUUAUCAAACAGCCACCUUUCGUAGAUAUCAGAAAAUAAACCUACC